GUCAUUGACUAAUUUCCAAUUUUUUUUAUUAAAAAAUCUCCAGUAAAUUCUUGCGGAUUGUCCUAAUAAAAGCGAACGGCGGCAACAUUACACAUUUACACAACUACACUACACAAUUACACACUCCACUUAAAAUGGAAAAAGAGAGAGGCGUGAUGACGAUGGAUGACCUCGCGGCUCUCGGCGACGACACUUUAUACUUUCCGGGGAUGAUAGACGGAGGCGGAAACAGCGGCGGCGGCAGUGCAUUUUUUCCCGACCUAACAAACUCCAGGUCGUAUGACUGCUUGUUCAGGAACCAGAUGAGAUAUUUCUACUGGAACCGAAUCCAGAAGUUUGGGGGUUUGGAAGGUCUUCUUGGCAAGAAGGUGGUCGUUUUUCAGCUUGUCUUGGUUGAUGAAAGUAGAGGCCUGCAAAUGAAGCUGCGUAAGGACGUUUCCGGACAGAAUCCAGAGGAUCCAAAUGUUGCUGAAUGUUCUAGAAACUUGUUUAAAGCUCAUAUUCCGCAUUUGCUGCAAUGCCUCCAAGAUUCCAAACGCUGGGUGUACUCUCGCUCCUUGGUGAUCAAAGAGUAUAACAGGGCCUUGCUCGAUGAUACACUUCAGAAGCUCCUCUCCCAUGACCCUGUUGGUGGCCUUAGAGACAUAGCAAUUGAUAUCCCAUUCGGUACUCCUGACUCUGAGGUUGAUAAACAGUUGUACGACUUGAUGAAAAAUCCAGUGAAGGAGUACAAAGAUACACCCAUGCCACUUGGAAUUCAUUGUACUGAGGUCUUGAUGUUUCUUGCUGGAGAUUUUGCUCUCGAUAAUGCUGGAGGCUUGAACAGUCGUAAUGCAGUUCUGAAACUCUUGCGUUAUCUGAAUACUGAAGACGGAAUACAGAAAAUACAUGGGUUUGAUGAGAUAGCUGCUGGUUGCCCAAAAGUGAGCCCUGAGAAGAUAAUGUCGCUGAAAGACGUGCAUUUGACUACUUGAUCAUUAGCUGCACUCGUGUGUUGGUUUCAGAAAUUCUGUUCCACUUAUCGGAUUUUUUUUCGUUAUGCUGUGAGUUUGUAAUAAUUGUAGAAAACUUUGUGAAUAACGAGACGAGUACGUACUGGUCUUUGUAGCUUAACUUGGAGCUGAUUAACCUUAGUUUUGACUGGAUAUACAGCCUGGUUAGAGGUAAUGAACCUCAGAAGAUCAAUUGAUUUGAA